AUGGCUGACAUCUAUAACAGUCAACUUGAUGUGUUCGAACUCUACCACAAGGUGAACAAUCGGCCCCGGGACUCAGCAGGAAAUACCUCUGCUCUCGAAGCACUCGGCCAUGGCAUUGCUGGAACUGCAGGCGCUGCCAUCUCUAAUGCUACUCUGUAUCCCAUCGAUCUAAUCAUAACCCGAUUUCAAAUCCAACGUCAGUUGCGGAAGGACCAGUCACAGCCUCCUGACGAGGAAUAUAAGAGCUUUGUUGAUGCGGUCCUAAAGAUAUACAAGAACGAAGGCGGUCUAGCUGCGUUUUAUACUGGACUACUGCAAGAUACGGGCCGGACGAUCACCGACUCCUUCCUGUUCUUCCUGACAUACAGUUUCCUCCGCAACAGGAGGCUUGCUUCGCAUGGUAGUGCGAAAUCACUGCCUGCCUUGGAGGAGCUCGGGGUGGGAUUUGUCGCUGGAAGUUUGACCAAACUUGCAUCGACGCCAAUCGCCAAUAUCGUCACCAGAAAGCAGGUGGCCACUUUACUGGCGGCUAAAGACUUGAAUAGUCAGGGAGAGUUUCGCGUACCAAGUGCGCGGCAGAUCGCUGCGGAUAUACUCUCUGAGCACGGUGUGUCAGGUUUUUGGUCGGGCUACCCCGCUUCACUCGUCUUGACUCUUAACCCUUCAAUCACCUUCUUCCUCUUCGAAACAUUAAAGAGAAUUCUCUUGCCUCGGCACAGACGAGCGAAUCCGCCUCCCUCAUUGAUUUUCUUGCUUUCAGCAUUUAGCAGAGCGUGCGCGAGUUCCGCCACAUAUCCGUUCGGUCUAGCCCAAACUCGGCUUCAGGCGGGCUCCAAGAAAGAAGAGAGCGAUGAAGCCAAGGUGAUUGGCGAGGACAUUGAAAAUGAAGGGGCCAGAAAAGCGGCUCGGGCAACGAUACUCCACACUGUGUUGACAAUCGCUCAAAAUGAAGGAGCUGGUGGCCUUUACGAAGGACUCUACGUUGAGAUGAUCCGAGCAUUCUUCAGUCAUGGUACGACAAUGCUGGUCAAGCAGGCUAUUCAGCGCUUCUUGGUGAAAGCGUAUUACAUCACUUCGAUCAUCCUGGGGCGAUAUCAACGAAGGUCGACUGCGAAACGGUUGGCACAAAAGGCCAAGUCUAGUGUUGAGUAUUAUAGUCUCGCCAUGGCACGGGCGAGCGAGAAAAUCGAAGAGGCAUCUCAUGCUGUCAAACAGAAAGCAAACGAGACGGCGGAAUUUGUGGGGGAAUACGUCGAGGAAGAAGCAGGCGAGUGGCGGGAGCUUUAUGGAACAACCGGUCUUGCUCGAUGGCUGGACAGCGAUCGACGUGAAUGA